AUGGCGGAAACAGUGAGAUUAAGUGAUAUAGGAGGAUUACACCAGCAUUAUCGAACAGUGCACAAAGCUGUCACAUGGACGGAAAAUAUUGUAAUCGAAGGUGCGUCAUUAUUGCGUACGCGUACUGCGAUGGAAACAAUGAAUAAUUUGUUAGCUCUUUCAGAGAAGCGAAGGGAAACGGGGAACAACAUGUACAACUUGUACGAAAUCGAAAGCGAAAAUGGUCAGGACAGAACCAAGUUGUAUUGUACGAGUGGCAAAGAAGCAGCAAAGUUUUAUGGAAUGUAUUUGGAUCACAGUAUUACAUUGCCAAGAGUGGAAGAGAAUGGUGAAGGUAAAAUGCCUGUCAAUUCAUUUCCUACCCCUCAAGAGAAUAUUAUGAACAUAAAUUGCGAAACACCAAUGGAUUUGCCCAAAUGUCAAGAAGAGAAAGAGACAUUUGUCCUAAAACACGUUUAUGGGUAUGAUUCUUUUAGAGAUGGUCAGCUUGAAGCUAUACGCUCAAUUGUUGGGUGUAAUGAUACAGUAGUUUUAAUGCCUACUGGGUGUGGAAAGAGUGCUAUCUAUACUGUGGCUGCUGUCAUUAUGCAAGGACUCACUGUUGUUGUGGAGCCCUUGAAAUUUAUAAUGGAAGAGCAGGCAGAAAAACUUCGAGCAAAACAGGUUCCUGCAUUUUACUACAAUUCCUCAUUAACAGAAUUGGAAAUGGAUUUUGUUGUGAAUACCCUCUGCAGACUAAAUUUACCUUAUGCCAUCCUUUUUACAAGCCCCGAGUGUGCAAUGUCCAGUAAGCUGCAGCAUGUGUUCAAGACAUGGAAUGAUGCUGGAAAAUUAAGCUUCAUUGCAGUUGAUGAAGCUCACUGCAUUGACAGUUGGGGUAAUAGUUUCCGUCCAGAUUUUUUACGACUUGGUGACCUGAAUGGCUUUUCUGUUCCAAUGGUUGCUCUAACUGGCACUGCCACAGAAAGAGUAAAGAGCUGUAUUGAGUCUACUCUUGGUAUGGACAACCCAAAUAGUAUUCAAGUGAAUAUUUCAAGGACAAAUUUAUUUUUACAAAUAGAUGCGAAGAAAGAUAAGCCUGUACAACAAAUUGUUGAUUUCAUUAAAACUAAUUGUCCGGGGGAGCAAGGAAUUGUGUAUUGUUCCCGAAGAAAAGACACAGUAAACCUUGCCCAUAACUUGGCAUCAGAGAAUAUUGAUGCAGUUUUUGUACAUGGUGGUUUGCCAGAUGCGGAGAGAAAGAAAUAUGAGCAGGCUUGGUCUUGUGGUACUGCUAAAGUUAUAUGUGCCACUAAGUCAUUUGGAAUGGGCAUUGAUAACAAAAAUGUACGAUUUGUAAUACAUCUAUCUUUUCCAGAGAGCAUAGAGGAUUAUGUACAGGAAGUAGGGAGAACUGGCCGCGAUGGUUCUCGUGCAAUGUGUUUGCUACUUUUUGACCAUAAAGAUAGAUCCUUCCAUUUGCACAACAUAUUACAAAUUGAAAACAAAGAACACAUGGCUUACAAGUAUAACCUCAUGAACAAAAUGGUGGAGUACUGUGUGGCACCUGGAUAUCGACACAAGCAGCUUAUGAAUUAUUUUGGAGAUGACUGCCAAGUUUGUGAUGAAAGUGAUAAUUGUACAUCAGAGGACCCUAGUCAGCCUCAAGAUUUCACAUUUAUUUCAUGCUUACUCAUCCAAUGCCUGCAAAGGUUACAACAGGUCCACAAGAAAGUAAAUAUUCUCAUACUAACACAAUUUGCAAUGGGAUCAUCAACAGUUGUUUUGAAACAACUUGCUCUUGAUAAAGCUCCAGAAUUUGGCUCUCUUAAAUGCUAUUUCAGAUCCAGAAAUGGGAGAAAGUAUUUACAGUCACUUAUUUAUCAACUGGUUAUUAUGGGAAAGAUCAGUGAACUCCCUGUUGGUAAUAUAGAAUCACCACAAAUUGAAAUUAAAACUGGGAAUGUAGACAGUCUUUUGAGUGGUUCUGAGAGAAUUGUUUUUGCACAAUCUACUGUUUAA